AUGCCUUCUCCCGGGCCACCUUUACCACCCGGCAUACUCGUGGAUGAAGAGAUCUCGCCAGUAUACGAUUCCAGGUACUUCUACCCUGCGAAGCCUGGAGAGGUACUCGCCGAUCGUUACAAAACCUUGGUCAAGGUUGGCUGGGGCGUGUCUUCAACAGUGUGGCUCGCGCGUGAUCUGCAAGGGCAUGUCAAAGAGCCAGAGAGUGUCGUGGCACUGAAAAUCGUUAAUAAUAAUGCGAGCUCCGCUGGUCAUGAGCGCGAAGUUGAAGAGCAUAUUUCCACGGCAGACCCAUCACAUCGGGGUCGGUCACUUAUCCGAACAUCACUAGACUCUUUUGAAGUUAAAGGUCCAGAAGGUUCGUAUCCAUGUCUUGUGUAUCCGCCUAUGAGGGAGCCGUUGUCGAUGUAUCAGCAGCGCUUUGACGACAGAAAGAUGCCACUGCCCCUCAUCAAAACAUACAUUCGUGCUCUUCUUACAGGGCUUGAUUAUCUGCAUAAAGUGUGCAGGACUGUUCAUACAGAUAUAAAGCUUGAGAACAUCAUGGUCUCAUUCGAGGAUCCAACCGUGCUUGCUGAUUUCAUGGAUUCUCAGCUUGCAAAACCGAUGGCUUUCAAGAUUGAUUCAGUGGGGCGACCAGUGUAUCAAUCCCAUAAUGACUUUGGCCCACUCAAAAGCCUGAGAAGUAUACCACAGCUUGUCGACUUUGGCUUAGCAACCAGACUCGAGGAAGACGACGACUGGGGCGUUUGGCCUAUUCAGCCAGACCACUAUCGGGCACCAGAGGUGAUACUGGGUAAUGGAUGGCAAAUGCCUGCAGAUAUUUGGAAUCUUGGUGUUCUGUUGUGGGAUAUGAUCGAAGGCAAAGAGCUAUUUCGGCAUAUUCAUGAUCAAGAAGGUCGCUACGAUGCUAAACUACACAUCGCCGAAAUGAUAGCCUUACUCGGUCCACCUCCUCCAGAGGUCAUACAAAGGUAUCAAUAUAUGCGAGAGUACUCGUGGCCGAAACCUGUCAGACGAGAAGACGGCAGAGUAUGCGAGACCGCAGAGGAGUACUUCUGUGGGCCAUUCUUUGACGAAAAAGGUCGCUUCCUCUAUGAAGACCUGAUUCCCAACCGCAAACUAGGCGACACAGCUUCAUUCCUUGAGGGAGAGGAGAAGGACGCGUUUUUGAACCUCACCAAGGCAAUGCUUGUCUGGCACCCAGAUACGAGAAAAACGGCAGGCGAACUGGCUGGGCACCCUUUUCUUCAACCAUAA